AUGGGUCAAACAACAUCUCGACAAUCACAAGUAGAAGCACGAAUAACACAAUCCAAAGAUGACAAUGGACCAUAUCCUGCGGAACAACCACUGUUGGCCACCAAACCAAGACUCCCUACUACCACAACAGAGCAAGGCACAAAAAACAAAUUUCAAGAUAAAGCCAUUAUACACUAUACGCAUGAGAAACGAUUCAAAAUGAUGAAAAAAGAUAUGCAUGAAAUUUUUCGUCAAGCUUUUAAAUACCUUGGAAUUGAAGCUCUUCGACUCAUUGUUGGUCAUCGAAAUAGUCCUUCUACGCAACGUGAACUCAUAAGAAAGAGACCACAUCCAAAACAUCUUACGCUCAAAGGACAACAAAGUAAGACCGGUCAUACCCUGUGCCCCAUACUUAAUAAAAACAAUUUUUUUCCCCAGCAUAUCAAAAAUUCCAUUAUCCAAUUUCUUUCUAGAAGCAGAAGAAAAUGAAGCCAAAACAUCAAGACCAACUUCUUAACAUCAAAACAACCCGAUCGCCGUCACGGCAUAUCAUCAACAAAACUUAUAAAAACACUCUGAAGCGCUUUCUCGCUUCCAUUUUCAUACUUACCCGUAGCAUUUUCUCCUUUCUCUCCUUCAAUCUUUUCCACUUCCUUCAUUUGAAUACAAAAAAUAUUAAACAAAAAUUAACAGCUUCCAUAAAUUCCUCGAUUCAGAACCAAAGUAGAAAAUAAAAAAUUUCAAUUUCAGAUUAAAACACUAACCGAACUCAAACGCAUACCAGAAAAAAAAACUAGACAACCACCAACACAUACCGAAAUCACAGGACAAUACAUUAAAUCAACUUCACUCAGCGGCAAUACAAUAUCAACCAUCAAAGCAAACAACACAAUCCCAUAAAAACCACACCAACAUAAGACAAAUAAAAACACACAUUUCAAAAUACGCCAACAUAAACACCCAACACCAAGAAUACAUACAAUUUCGAUCAACCACAAACUACAACAUAAAAAAAAACCACCUCGCCGAAAACAAUACCAUACUUCAUCCAAGCAAUGUCGACCUCAUGGUUGCUACUACACACCACUGUAUAUCCAAUCUAUUAUAGCUCUUGAGCUACAGUAUAGAUUUAGAGUUAGUUUCUGAUUCUUUUCGGAUCGAAACGACUGCCAUCUGAAGAUUCUCGUUGCAGAGAUGAAAUGUCGACAUCAUGGUAGCUUAACACACCCACACCCACACCCACCCACACCCACACCCACACCCACACCCACACCCACACCCACACCCAC